AUGAACAAACUAAUCUUAAUUCUUCCUAUUUUAUCUUUGAUAGGAAUUCAACUUUUCUUCAUUCUUAAUCAGAAGAAUAAUCUCUAGAAUUUAGUACCUGUAACUUUUGACUAGUUCUAAGAAUGCACUGAUGAAAUUCCAGAUAUCUCUGAAUUACCUUGCGCAGCUACUGAAAGCUUCAGAAAUGCCACAGAAAAAUUCUUCAAUGCUACCACUCCAGACUAUCCUAAUGUUCCCUAAGCAUGUUCAGAUUAUUACAAUUACACUUAAUAAGAAAUAUCUAUUGAAGAUUUUAUUAACCAAAAUAAUUAUUUCUUAAACUGUUUUAUAACUGAGAAUGUAAGAGAGAUAGCCAAUAGCGAAGAGUGCUUUUUCAAGCAUUUUUAUGCCCCUACAUAUCUAUUAUGUGGUGGUUUUAAUAUCUAUGCCUAUCCUCCAUACACAAAAUACGAUAUUAAAAAUUGA